AUGUCAUCUAAUAAAGAUUCUUUAAAUACAAGCAAAAAAGUAUGUGGUUGUCCUCCUGACGAAAUAUGGGACAAAUUUACUAAAAGUGAUGAAAUUUAUAAAGAAUAUUAUGCUGCGACAUGUAAUUAUUGUUCUGAAACAUGGUCUUCUGGCAGACCUAAAGAUCUUAAAAAACAUCUCGUAUAUGAGUGUCAAAAUAUUGAUUCUGAAACCAGGAUUGAAAUUUUAACUUUAUUAACACAUGGUUUAGACUCUGAUAAUGAAAUGUCAAUCGCUAAAUCUAAAAAAAAACAAAGGUUACCAAGCAAUAUAGAUAAACCUUGUGAAAACAUCCCUACUUCCUUAGACAAAGCAGAUCAGAUUAAUAAAGCAUUAGUAAAAUUAGUUUCUUGUUGCAAUAUACCAUUUGCUCUUGUUGAACAUCCAUUUUUUCAUGAUUUCAUUAAAAUUUUGUGGCCUACUUAUUCUCUUCCAAGCCUUGAACAAAUUAUUAGUAAAGAAAUUAAUCUUACUAUUACAUUUGAUGGCUGGACGGGUCCUACUGGACAAUCUGUUUAUGAUUAUUGUAUAAUUACUGAAGAGCGUAAAGAAUAUCUUUGGUACUCUAAAAAUUAUUCUAGUAUUUCUUAUCAUAUGGGUGCUUUUCUUGAAAAUGAACUUGUUGAAAUU